AUGGCCGCCCCAGCGAAAAGGCCGGAGAUUAUCGAGAUUGCACGCGGGCUGGACCACAUCCCCAUGUGUGAGGAUUACGAAAAGAUGAUUUCGGGAAUGAUGUACAAUCCCCUGCUUCCCACUCUUGCCGCAGCACGGCACCGCUGCCGGGGCGUGGCAAGUGAUUACAACAAUCUCGACACAAAGGCCGUCUCCUGGGAGGAGAUUGGGGAACGCCGGUUCGAGUUGUUAAAGAAUGUUGUUGGGCGGGUUGGAGAAGGCACCUUUGUCGAGCCUCCAUUUUGGCCAGACUAUGGGUGCAAUAUUGUAAUUGGGAAGGAAUGCUUUGUGAAUUUCAACUUUACGGCCCUGGACACGAGCCUAAUCGUCAUUGGCGACCGCGUGCAGCUUGGUCCUAACGUAUCCAUUUACACGGCAGGCCACGACACAUCCAUCCUAUCCCGACGCAAGUUCGUCGAGUUUGGUCACCCCGUGUUUAUUGGAGAUGAUUGCUGGAUUGGGGGAAAUGUGAUUAUUCUGCCUGGCGUGAGGAUUGGAGAAGGGUGCACAAUUGGGGCGGGGAGUGUGGUUACGAAGGAUAUCCCGCCGUUUUCGGUUGCAGUGGGUAGCCCUUGUAAGGCCAUAAAGACCAUUCAAAGUGCGGAGGAGGAGUUGAACGAUCCCAAGAAUCCGUAUAGGGAUUUGCCAGAGAAGUCGGGGUAG